AUGGAUGAGACUAGUAUUGAGGUCAUUAUGGGUUGAAUUAAAGAGAUAGAGCCAUCUCUUCCUAGGCCGACUGAGGAGAUCAAUUGAAUUAUAACUAAUAAAGCCAGUGAAGAAAGUGUUUCUGAUGAAGUCCUUCAAUUUUUUGCUGAAAAUUUGAAGGUUUUAAACAUUCUUGUAUUCAGCAAGAGAGAGGAAGAAAAAAUUGAGAGGAGUCUUACUGAAAUUAAAGGAAUUAUUAAUGAGAAAAGCUCUAAUGAUGUAGGAAGUCUCCUGCAAGUCGUUAAUGAAAUGAAAAUUGAACUUUUUAGGGAGAUUGAAUUAGAAAUUAUAGCAUUUACACGAGAUGAAAACUAUACUGACCCAGGCUAUCAAGAUGUUGACAAUCAAGUAUCAUUGGAUUGCAUUAAUUUAGUAUUAGAGAUAUCUAACGUUACACUCCUACUAAAGUGACAGAGUCAAAAUGGUGAUAUCAUAAGCAUUUCCAAUACAAAAAGGCUGGACCAUUCCAAAUAAUAACAAUCAACAACCUUGAUCAGUCCUUAAAACAGGUGAGACGCUAUCAUUGUCUGAUUCAGCUCCUAAGCUUGCAUCGCCUAAGGUUCACCCUUCUUAGAUGUGCUGAGUGGUAAAACUAUGAGCCUAAUGAUGAAAUCUAGAGCAUUUUCCUCUGGCUAUACCCAAAGUUAAGCCGCUGUUCCUCUGCAGAAGCUCUCGAAAGAAAAUACCAUCAAUAAUUUUCUAUAAGUGAGGAAAAAUUAGCAAACUAAUUUCUCUCAAGCCGAUGCCAUUUUAUUUAUUGAUAAUAAAGUAUCAAAAUUCGAGAGAGAGAUAUUUAAUUAUUUGAAAUCCACUCAAAUAAAUCUUAAACUUAAACUUAAUUAUUUAUAUCAUUUAACGUCCACCUCGGGGUAGCGCUGCCACCAUAUUUAUCCACGUGUUGGGCCCAUGGCCUCUGGAUCGAUUCACUUCGUUGCACCAUGGUAGGGGACACAUACAGCGUUCCGGCUUCGACGGGCUGCGCUGCAUCUCUCCUCCUUGAUUCAGCUAAUGCGCGUGUUCUGCCUAAGGGUCACCUUCCUCGGUGUGCUGAGAGGUAAACUUCGAGCCUCUUGAUGCAUUCAUUACAUUACAUUAAGAUUAAUAUUCGCUUAACGUCCCUUAUGGGGUGGGGGCACCACAGACCUUUCGGCCAUCUCUUCCACAUGUCGGGCCCGCAGGCCGCUGUGACAAUCUGCUUCGAUCACCAAGGCACGCUUGGAGUGGUGUUGCCGACUUCGACGGCUCAUGAGUGAGCUACUUGCACUUGAGCUGGGCUGUCUUUCCGAAAAUCCAUAAAAAAUGAUUUUCUGGUCGACUCUCGGUAAAAAGGAGAAGCACGUAGCCUGGGAUUUAACGCCAAGUUUCACGCUAGGAAGUUGCCUGAUUGGUCCUAAGGACUUUGCUGAGCUUCCCCUUUCCAACUUCCCGUGUCCUCCUUUCCCAUAAGGAAAAAGCCACCCCUGAAAUUAGACUUGGGCUAGGCUCUGUACACAACCAAAUUGCUUACCUAGCAUGCUGUCCAUUUCUGAAGUAGUAAAACCUUGUUGGAUAUAAAUAAAAUAUAAGUCAAGUAUGCAUGGCCGGGAGGCCAUGCCCAGACGAAGACGUAUAUCUUAUUUAUGAUGCACUUGGAGCAGUGCCUCGGCUUAUCUGCCAGAGUUAAACCGCUAUUGCUGUGCAAAAGUUCUCAGAUGAAAACCUAACCCCAUAAAUAAAAUUGCUUGAGGGAGAGAAAAAUUAUUGGAUCUAAUUUUACUCGAACCGAAUGCCAUAUUGUUUAUACUCCAAAUAAAUCAUUAAGAGCAUACAUGAAUAGCAUAAGUCAAGAAUAUUCAGUCAUUUUUAAAACCUAUUUUGAAGAUAUUAGGCUUAUGAAUGAAGAAGAAAGGCAAAUUUUAGAUUUUGACUUUGAGUGUAUUAAUAGGUUUAAAAUAGAGAUUGAAAAUAAAUACUAUUUUACUCCUAGUUUUCUAUCUGAAAUUUUUAUUGAAAAUCUCAUAGAAUUUUUACAUGCUCAGCUGCUUGAAGUGCUUUAUAAAGAAGAUAUAAAAUUUUUUUUAUCAGGCUACAAAUUUCAAGUAUCAAAAAUUUGAUAUUUUAUGAACUCAGAAGCAAAGUUACAUAAGGAAAAUUCUCUAACUAUCUUUAUAGAAGUAAUUCGGAAGAAAUAUGGAUGAAUUCCCCAUGAAGUCGAAAGAAAAAUCAUACUCAAAUUAAAAAAGGAAACUAAUAAAAUAUGACUAGAAAAUGGAUUCAGCAAUUCAGAGCAUAUCAAAGAAGUUGGGCUAUUUACAAAAAGGCAGGUGGAUAGGAUUUUAAAUGGAAACUUAAAAUUAUUUCAAAAUGAUCAGCAAAACAGCCAAGAAUUUAAAAUGGCUGCCUCAAAAAUUUUGUGAGAAGCAGCCUCAAAGAAUUCAGACAGCGAUAUUUGUAAAUGGAAAAUAAAUGAGAUUAGUGAGUUUUUAGAUUUUUCUUUUUAUAGCCUUCCUCAUUUUCAAAAUAAUUAAUAUGAUAGUCCAGACGAAAUAUGUCCUUACGAAGGUCGCAACACUUUGGGCACCAAAAUGGCUUUAUAUCCUAAACCAAAGCUCAAACCCUUUAAUCCUAAACCUUAGUAUGCGUAACUGCAGUAAUAUGCGAUGGGUAACCUUGGGAUUCAGAUGGUGACUAUUCCAAUUUCAGGCAUUAGUUACCCGGAUGGUUUUUGGGCCACAGGACUUUUUCUCAAGUUCGGGGAGGCUGUGGCUCUUUUCCCUGGGAGUCACCUCUCCCGAAGGUGGCCGACAGGAGGUAUCGGGCUAACCUUUACCUCCAUAGCGCCUGAUGGCGUACUGGCAGGGCGUCUUUCUAACCCAUCGAGACUCUUAGGGAUCACAUUGCAAUCCCGCCCUAAAACAAUCACUUUUCCAAAUAGCAGCUGAAUUUCCGCCCUGCAAGUAGGUUUUUGUUAGUCGAAAGCGUGCAGAGGCAUCAAAUCUGGAAGACGUUAAGCCUUUUAACCUUAAUCAUUCUCAAAGCCCUUCAAUAUUCACUCAAUCCAAAGAAAACAUGCUUUUUUUCUUAUUUCACACUACACUCCUAACAUCAAACUUGCAUAUUGCAACCUGCCCUGAAUUAAAUCAUUAUGAAAAGCGUGAAAGCCAGGUCGAGGAUUUUGAAUGACUAAGGAUAAUGGUGGGAACAAGCUUUAAAUUUAAUCCUAAUCACCCAACAUAUUUUACUCGCCAAGAUAAUCCAAUUAUAAUAUGUGGAAAAAUGCUGGAGGUUAUUAUAGAUUCUUUAUAUAAGGCUGGCAAGCUUAAUUCGAAAACUGAAAUUCAUCAAAUUUUUAGUGAAAGUUUCAAGGGUUAUAUGCAUCUUAUCGAGUUUAUAAACGCUCCUAAAAAAGAAUCUGACUCCCCCCCUCCGUGAGCGAACAAAAAAAUUUUGUUCACUCAUAGGGGAGGUUAAUUUUUUUUGAAAUUUAAAAAAAUCCCACUUCUCAAAAUUUGGAAGGCAAAUAUCAAUUUAAUUUGUAAAAUUUAUGUUUAAAAACGCAAUUUGUUUAAAAUUAAGCAGAAUUAGCUCGAGAUUUCAUUAUACUAAUUCUCGCUCAUAUAUCAAAAAUUUUUCCACAUAAAAAAUUUUUGUUCACUCACGGGGGGUGAAAAAAAUAGGGAUUUUUCUAAUGGUUUUGUUCACUUACAGAGGGGGGAGUAAAGCAAUUAAAAAGAAUUUCACAAAAAUAAAAGAAGGAAAUUCUGCAGUGAUAACCAUAUGUAUAUCAGGAUGGCUUUCUGAAAAAGAUAAUAAACAUAAAGACUGAUUUCACGUUGGAGAAUUGCCAAACCAAGGCUUGACUUAUGAUUUUAAAUGGAACUCUGGGCAUUGAAUAGACACUUCUUUAAAAAUUGGCUUUAAUGUGUUAACUUGGCUUCCUCUGCCGCUUGGAUUUCGUUGGUAUAAAUUAUUUGGACAAGGAGCAAUGAAGCCUUUAGUUAUUGGCUCAGGGAUUACAUCUAUUAUAAAAAGACCAAUAUGAACAAGAUUUAAAGAUUUUGUAUACCUAUCACGUCAAGAUCCAUUAAUCCCAAUUUCUUCUGCAGUUGACUAUCUUGUUGGAUGCCCUUUUGAAGGAAAGGCAAAAGAAGCAGCAAAUGCUGGCAAGCUUCUUGCAGAAAUUAUAAAUAGUGGGGAAUUCGGCAACUCGAAGAUAAACUUAAUUUGUUUUUCACUAGCAGCUGAGGUGGUUCACAAUUGCUUAUUAAAUAUUUCUGCAGAAAAAGCAAAUACAAUAAAUCAUGUAAUAUUGAUGGGUGGAGCUUCUAGUAAAGCUGGUGAAUGAGCAAAAUGCAAACAAAAUGUAAAUGGAAGAAUGAUAUGUGUCUAUUGCAAAACUGAUAAUAUAUUGAAAUAUAGUAAUUGCCCGAAGAUGGCGCUAUCUUGCAUCAUCCUCGGGCAAUUCAAAAAUGGCCCCACACCGGGAAUUGAACCCACGUGUGGGGCCAUUUUUGGUAUGUGGAGAGCAUCGACUUCCGCGAACCAAAAUGGCCCCACACGUGGGUUCAAUUCCCGGUGUGGGGCCAUUUUUUAAAUUGCCCGAGGAUGGCGCAAGAUAGCGCCAUCCUCGACAAUUGCAAUAUUUAUAUAGAGCUUCUCAGCUGACUGAGCCAAUUGGACUUGUUGGAAUUGAUGUGGAAGGGGUAGAACAAUUUGAUUUAACAGGAACUGUAAGUGGGCAUCUGGACUAUAGAGAGAAGAUGGAUGAAAUUUUCCAUGCAAUAAAUUAUUUUGGGUCCUAA